AUGGCAGCCAGUGUUGGGACGCCGUCCAAGCGUGUCCCGCCGGAGGGUGGCUGGGGGCUCCUAGUGGGCGUCGGGAUGGCCGCCAUGUUCGUCGUCACGCUGGGAUCGUUGCCCUCGUUCGGGCUCAUGUUUGGUGACUUCCUGACCGAGCUGGGCGAGGAAACGGGGGCCAUCGCGCUCAUCACCAGCUGCUUCUUCAGUGCGCUCAGCUUCGCCGGCCUGUUCACCAACACGCUGAUGAAGAAGACGUCCUGCCGGACAGUGGGCUUGAUCGGGGCCGUCUCCUACAUCGUCGGCAGCCUGCUGACCGUCUUCGUGCGCUCGACCAACGAGCUGCUCGUCUCGUUCGCCGUCUUCCAGGGUGCGGGCUUCGGUCUCAUGAUUCCGGUGUCGUACACCACGUUCAACGCGUACUUCGUCGAGAAGCGGGUGGUGAUGAUGAGCGUGGCGCAAACGCUGAUCGGCCUCGGCACCAUGUUCUAUCCCAUCUUCAUCCAGCGGACGAUGGAUGCGUUCGGGUUCCGGGGCUGCAUGGCGGUGCUGGCCGCCGUCAACAGCCACACGCUGGUGGCCAUGCUCGUGAUGCACCCGGUCGAGUGGCACAUGCGGCGCGUGCCGCUCGUGUCGGAGGCGGUCGAGGCGGAGGCCGAGCUGGACGAGAAACCGGAGCGCGCCGAGAAGGACGCGGAGAACGGGGACGGCCCGACGGAGCUGCCGAGCGCGCAAGCCCUGCACCAUCGGGGCCACCGACUGCGCGGAUCCCGGCGGGCCUCGUCGAUACCGGGACUGGGCAAUUGGUCCGGACCGGUCGUCGUGAGCGACAGCACCGAACGUGACAGCGAGCCGGCCACCAAGUGGCAGAUCCUGGUCGACUUUCUUGACCUGACGCUGCUGAAGGAUCCAAUUUACGUCAACAUCGUCCUCGGCAUCUCGUUCGCUCUCUACUCCGAUCUGGCCUUCUUCACCCUGCAGUCGAUGUACCUCUUCAUGAUGGCGUUCAGCAAGGCCGACGUUUCGCUAAUCAUCGCCAUCGGUGCCGGAGCGGAUCUAAUAUCGCGCAUCUUUCUGGCCAUUUCGAGCACAUGCUUGAACGUUAAGGCCCGAUACGUCUACCUAGCAGGAGCCCUCUUCACCAUUGCGGCACGUUUUGGAUUUUUGUGCGUGUUCGAUUUCUACGGAAUGGCCAUUGUGACCGCCAUCAUGGGUUUCCUUCGCACCUGGAUCCACGUCCCGAUGCCGCUAGUCUUUUCUGAGUAUUUGCCACAGGAGCGGUUUCCUUCCGGCUACGGGUUGUUUAUGUUCCUGCAGGGGAACAUUACGUUUGCCAUCGGGCCGCUCGUCGGGUACAUCCGCGACGUCACCGGAAGCUACACCAUAUCGUUCCACUGUCUCACGCUCGUGAUGGCGAUGUGCGUCAUACCGUGGUUCUUCGAGAUAUGCUACUACCGGCUGAAGCAGAAGGCGCACCGGAAGGCGGCGAGGAGGGAGGCAGCGGACGCGCACGUCACGAUACCGAUGAUACGCGAAACAAAGGAGUAGCUUUAAGCCCCAUUCUUAAGACAUUGCGACUAAAAUCGAUCACCAAACUAGUCAACUGCUCUACGAUGGUUGAACGCGUCGCCUUUCGAUUUCGAAAGGAAUUGUUGAACAAAUGGCGUUCUUGUUGGAGCCAUUUCACACCAAAAUAAAUUCACUUAUUGUCAACCGAUGGUUUUCAUGCGGACGUUGCCAUUAACCUUAUUGUACGAUACAAGUUUAAACUGAUGCUUGUCUGUUUAUCAUCACCAUGUGUCCAUUUUCUGUAAGUCCAACUUGAUUUUCGUUCGAGUUUCUAUCAUCAUAUUGGAAAAUUAUAUCUCAUGGAUUUCUUGUUUGGAAGCUAGUUAA